CUUCAGCCAUCCCUAACACACACACAGCUGUCCAUUCAUUCUCAUUUUGAAUGAGGAUAAUGCGUUUAAUGGCUGCAAGGGGGUGCUGGAAGAACGCAGUGGCCUGCAGCGAAGAAAUUAAGAGAUAUAAACAUGGGAAAAAAAAACAACCCAACAUCGCGCUGCGGUGGCCAGUAAAUGUAACCGGCGAACACUUGUCAGGCCAUGGGAGUCCCAUUCCGUAAACGGUAAACCAACCUGCCGAAUCGCUUGCUUUGGUCUCGAUGCGAGACCAAUGCUUUUCUUUCCAUUUCCAGCCUUCACUGAAGUUUUAAGGAAAUCUGACGUUUGAUCAGUAUUGACCAUAGGUAUUGACGAGUUGGCCGGAAAAAAACAAGACGUGGCCAGGAAGUGUUGGUCUGUCAAUGAUAGGAGAAUGUCGCUGGGUGUUGCAAUGUUUUCCUUAUCGCCAUUGGACUUCCGCUCCGCCGCUCAAAGCUACCGCUGCUGCGUCUCCAGACACUUCCUGCACGGAGCUACAGUUUCCAGAGCAAGCGACUCUCGUCGUGAGGGGGGGAGACAAGAUGAGGAAUAAAGAUCUUUGGGAGGGAACGUGAGGCUUGACUCAAGGACAUUACCAUGACAUAGACUAAGAGUCCACCUGGAACUGUCUCCUUGUUUGUCUUUUGUUAGGUUUAUUAUUUUAUUUUUUUGUUGUCUAGUCUCCACCUGUCUUACCUGGUGUUUACACUCUCCUUGUGGAGAACAGAUAAUGAAAUAGUAUGCAGGAGUAUUUGUUUGCAUGAAACUUUAAUGUAUCACACUACUGUCUAGAGGACUGACCUAGUCACUCCUCGUGUCAGCCUCCUAUAUCACAGAGAUUAAAGAUAGCAAUAGAGGUAUCAAAGGUCUUGAAAAAAGUCUGCACUUAUCAUAUCAUUGCAGGAAUAAAUUACAUUUCGGCCAGCACUUACCAUCCAACAUACUCUACCGAAUUCUUUACUUGUGCUUUAAUUUAAUUGUUGUAGCCUUCUUGUUUAAACAAGGUGCGUUUGUUUUUCUUAUUCAUACUUAAUGGAUCUAUUUUUCAAUGCAACCAAGAGUUUUAGUUUUGUCUGUUUGUGUAAUUAUUUAAAGAUGUAUUUUUAAUGUUGAGGAGCUGCUCAGCUGCCUGAUAUUGUUAUCGCAAUAGGCGCCUUUAAGUUGUAAAGUAAACAUUCUUUUUUUUUUUUUUUUUUUUUUUACUUAUGCAAUCUUUGUGAAGAACAAUUUUGUUUAAAUUACUUAUCUUGUAGUGGAAAAAUAUACAUUUUUAAGUUUUAUUGUCUUUGAAUAUGUUGAAGUAUUGCUCAUUUUUCCACUGGCAGUAAACUGUAGAAGCUGAUGGCUCUUCAGAUCAAACUGAUGGGAGCUUUCUAACUGUGACACAAAGACUGAUCUUCAGCAGUUUCCAUCUUCACUGGAUAAAUACUCUAAACAGAAGAACCUUUGAACUGGAGUUUUCUUCUCAAAUGAAGAUAUACCUCUUUAAUAGACAGACGGAAACAAAGAGCAGAUUUUUUUUUGUGUGACAUUGUCUCUUGAAUCCAAACACUAAAGAGGGAGAAUGAUUCUGAGGAGAUUUCAGGGAUAAAGCUCUCAGACUGACAUUCAGAUACAUUUGGAUUUUCCCUGCAAAUCGUACGAGGGCUGCCGGAUUCCACAAGCCUCUAACUGUAGAAAACCCGACCCUAAAACUUGUUAAACCAACUUUUUCCUGUAAAAGCCUUGUCCACUUCAGCAGUGAGGAUGCGAUCUCCUGAACCAUCUUCACCUUCCACAGCAGAAGCCCUCCUUCAUGGUCAGUUUGCCAGCUGGGAUUCAGGCAGCAACAAUAACAGCUGCCCCAACAGCCCUGGUGGUCCGGGAAGACUCUCUCCCGCUGUCUCCCCUACUCCGGCUCCAGCCUCCAACUAUGCCCUGACCCUCACCCACACCCACAUACAUAUCCAGCGGCUGUCACCACGGCCGGGGAAGGAAGCCCGUCUCUUGCUGCCUUUAUCAGAGCUAGUGGGGUGCAGUUGCCCUCGCGCCCCUGCGCCCCCUCUCCUGGUGCUGUACUGGUACCCGCCAGGCAAACGACGUAAAGGGGUGUCUCGGCGCAGGCAGGUGAGGGCCUACCUGGCAGAAAGCAGGUCUGAAGCUGAGAGGUGGUCAGCUGCUGUACAGUGUCUGCUCAGAGGUGUGACUGUCACUGCUGAAACAGAAUUUUCAAGAAGUCUGCUACCUCGUCCCAGGCGACUACUGUUAUUGGUCAAUCCCUUCAGUGGGAGAGGCCAGGCAAUGCAGUGGUGUCAGACCCAUAUCCUGCCAAUGAUCAGAGAGGCCAACAUCAGCUACAACCUUAUACAGACAGAGCGUCAGAACCAUGCCAGAGAACUUAUCAGAGAGUUAUCGCUCCCAGAAUGGGAUGGCAUCAUCAUUAUCUCUGGAGAUGGCCUGCUGCAUGAGGUAAUUAAUGGGCUGAUGGAGCGUCCUGACUGGGAACAAGCUAUAAAAACACCUGUUGGCAUUCUUCCCUGUGGCUCUGGGAAUGCACUGGCUGGCUCCAUCAACCACUAUGCAGGGUAUGACAUGUGCCUUCGGGAGCCCCUCCUUUUGAAUUGCUGCUUUUUGAUUUGUCGAGGCGGUGUUCGACCGAUGGACGUGGUCUCUGUGACAACAAGCCCUUCUCCCUCCACCAACAGUCGUACUGCAGCACCCAGGAGACUGUUUUCUUUCCUCUCUGUUGCCUGGGGCUUUGUGUCCGAUGUGGACAUUGAGAGUGAGAGGUAUCGUGGCCUGGGCUCAGCUCGCUUCACCCUGGGUACCCUGGUGCGCAUAGCUUCUCUUCGAUCCUACAAGGGUCGUCUGUCCUACCUGCCUCCCUCUAUUAGCGCCACAUCACCAGACGCCACACCACCUCCGCCAAGGAGACCCCUCUCCCGCAGUAUCACAGAAGGCCUGGAUGGCUUCUGUCGAACGCCCAUCCAUCGCACCUGCUCUGACAUGGGCAUCAGCGAACAGAGGAGCCUGCGUAGGGGUGAGGGAGAGAGGGAAAAAGAGGAGAGGCAGAGAGAAAGGGACAGAAGAAGGGAGAGGGCUAGGGGAGGAGGAACUGGCGUGGUGAGGGCAAGCAGCCUGGCAGAGGACAGAGAGAGAGAGGUAGAGAUGGAAGCAGAAGAGGGGAGAUCAGGGACAUGUUCAGAGAGUUCAGAAUCAAUUGAAAGGGAAGACUGCAAUAUGGGAAAGAUAGAAAGGUUGGCUGGGAUCAAGGAUGAGAGGGAAGAUGAGGGAAUUGUAGAGCAAGACUCCAGUGAGAUGGAGGAGGAGGAAGAUAGAGGGAAGGAUGGGGAAGGCAGUGGUGGUUCUGCAGAGGGGGAGAGAGCGUUGCAUGCAAUAGAGCCGGGAGAGAGCCGUGGGGUAGACAUGGGGCGAGAAGCAGAUGAAGAGCCAGAGGGUUACCAAGAUGGGCUCCAGAAAGCCAGACAGGCACUGAGAAAGAAUUCAGCCCCUUCAAGCCAGAUAGCCAACGCUCUCUUCAACCAGCCUCUCAGUCGGGAGGCUGACACAGAUUCGGGUACUUCAUACGGGGUAGAGGACAUGGAUCUGAAUGGAACCUACUAUCAGAAAGAACCCUACCAACUGGACAUUGCUCGUGAGCGAUCUCUCACAAUCUCCUCUCCCUUUCGUCACUCUCCCUUCUCUAACAAGCCCAAGACGCUGGACCAAAACCAGAACACCUCCCGGCCGAGGCCCCUCUCUCUCCUCCAGCACUCCCACUCAAACUCCCUCCCCCCUAAACUCCCUUCCCUCUCCCUGUCUCUUUCUCCGACACCUCCAUCUUCCCCUUCAUGUGCCUCCCCACACUCUUCAUCCUACCUCGUCCCCCGUCCUAACACCCCAAAUUCCACUUCGCCCUCACCCUCUCUACGCACACCGUCCUCAUCUUUUAACUUUGACAUUGCUGAGCCAGCGGGACCCCUAAAGAACCGUCCUUUUGUCUCACUGCCUUUAAAUAUCCCUCGGGAUGACUUGUUACCUCCCCUCGACCAACCCCUUCCCACCAGAGACUGGGUCACCAUCGAAGGGGACUUUGUCCUGGUCCUGGCCCUUUAUCAGUCUCACCUCGGGGCUGAUCUUCAUGCUGCACCCCAGGCCAGGUUUGACGAUGGGCUGAUCCACCUGACCUUUGUGCGGGCGGGGAUCUCCAGAGCCACUCUACUGAGACUGUUCUUUGCCAUGGAAAGAGGAAACCACCACUCUGUCAGCUCGCCUUAUGUGAGCCAUAUUUCCUGUAAGGCCUUCAGGCUGCAGCCUCUGUCUACACGGGGGACACUCACUGUGGAUGGAGAACUGGUGCCCUAUGGGCCUCUUCAAGCACAGGUUCAUCCUUCCCUGGCUCGUCUCAUCGUUGGUGACUCUGGAGUGAAGAUUACCAGAUUCUAAUCGGGUGGUUGAGCUGAUUGACAGAUACAGCACUCUACUGAAUUAUGUAAUCUCUGCUGUCAUCUAUACUCUGAAAGAGCGUGGAGUAUUAGAGAGACUUAAAAUAGCCUGGAUAGCAGAAACUGCUUUUCUGAGGUUUAAUGAAAGGGAUAACCCACGAGCCACGCAUCAUUGGAGCAUGACUGCAGGGAUUAAUAGCAAAUUUAAAAAUGGAUGAAAAAUGCGCCUCAUUGCACAGUUGUUGGAUUACGCUCAGCGUACCCUGAGAAGCAUGAAAACUGCACAGCCUGGGAUAGUAAGAGGGAAGAACAAUCAAAUGUUUGUUUAUGGAGUUUUUUUUGUGUGCAGGUGCAUGUGUUGGAUGUAUACAUAGAGGUAUGCAUGCAGAGAAGCACUACCUGAAUUUUGCCUUUUUUAAUGGAAGAAAUCAGUUGAAAAUCAGAGAAGGUUGUUCUUAAACAUGAAAUGCUAUAAAAUAUACAUUGAGAUUCA